UUGCCAGACAAGGGAUUAAUCACACCCCCCAUGGCGUAAUCUAUCCCUGUUCUAUUAAAGCUUCUUUGUUUGGUAACAGGUUGUGAUGCUGUUGUUUCCUAACUGCUUGGCUUCACUGAAUUCCACACAAUAUUGUGUAUAUUAUCUGUAAUGUGGCUUAUGGGCGGUAACCCAAGGAGACUGACCAGGGUUAUGUGAUUAAGACUGGGAGGCGGUGUAGUCUAGUGUUUAGAGCUGGGGACAAGGUGACAGUGUGGUCUAGUGUUCAAGCUGAGGGACUAGGAAGCAGUGUGGUGUAGUAGUUAUAGGUGAGGCAUGCAGUGUGCCCGAGUGCAACGGUAGGCAUCCUUGGCCCAUUCCAUUCCAAUGUCCUUCAUUAUUUAAUUGAUCUUCAGCAGGGUCUAAAGAAAUACAUGUGAGGAACUUGUUGAAAAGUUCUGCAAUGGAAUGGACCAGAAGAGUCAUGGUUGUCUUAGCUGAGGACUGACAGAUCACUGCACCUCGAGUUAUAGAAACAAGCAGACAUCAUCCACGGCUACAUAAGAAGGGUUGGCUGCUGUCAAAGCUCAUUGGCUGGAGGCAUCUGCUGUGAUAAUUCUAGGUUGCAAAUUCUUUCAUAACAUGCAACCCCCAUUUACCACCUUUUCUUUUAAUUCAAUUUCAUGUGUGUGGUUUUCAUGUGUGAUCUCUUGCACUGGUAGCUAAAGGUUGUUAAAAAUGGUGGAGCAUUGCGAGUCGUAAUAUGCAAAAUCACUACUUAGAUUAAUCCGAUUAAGUCUAAAGAGAAAUCCUGCUGUGCGUCCUGGCCCCUGAGUUGCUGAACCCCUCUCUGAUGUGGCUGCAGUGACAGAUGGUCUGACACAUGGUGCUGUAGUCGGACUAGCUAAUCUCCCUGGUUUGAGCACAGAGGCUGGGGGAAGGGGGUGGGCUGGUUAGCUGUCCUGCAGACUCGAAUGGGUGCUUCAGGAGGAUCUGCAGCAGGUUCAAUUCAUGGACCGGUCUACAUUCUCAAGGUCUGUUUUGCACACGGUUCUUCCAAGCGUCUCGCUCUCUUGGGUUACUCUCAGAAACUGCGUUUUGUCUUUGGAUUUGAGAGCCAGCCGCAAAGGAGGCCCACCAGUCGAGCUGUGUCCUGUGGGAGGGGAAGUAUCGCUGCAUGAACUGGAGACUCCUGGGUGCUGGCAGUGUGUGGCACUCCUGCAGUCAGCUGUGGAAUUGGAGGAUGUUUUGCCUGCACCUGGGCUGGAUUUCAGCAGAGUUUUUCAGUUUUCCCUUGUGAGCGAGGCAUUUGAAGAGUUGGAGGACUUUUUUUUCUGGAAGCCUUUAAUGAUAAUCUGAGGGAUAAUCUCAGCGAUUCUCUUCUCUUCAUUCACCUGACAAGCUGACAAGCGCUCUCCGGCAGGAUGUAGGGUUUUGGAGAGCUUUCUGAAAGUGAGGAUCCAGGAUGUCCACUGCCCAGGCGCUCCGACGCAGCGGGCUCUGCCGCUACUUCAUUAACGCAGUGGCCUAUCAGGUAUGUUGCUGCUGUGGCCCUGCCCCAUGCUCCCUGUGCUGUUCUUGCUGUCCGUCCAUUAAAGCGUCCUCCGGAACACGGGUCAUGUACACUCUGUUCCACAUCUUGGCCUGUGCUGUCAGCUGUCUCAUGCUGUCCAGGACUGUCUCAGAGGCAGUGCGAGAAAAUGUGCCUUUCUACUCCUUGAUCUGUGAGCACAUGCAGGGCACUCAGGACUGUGACAUUCUCGUUGGCUACUCGGCUGUGUACCGGGUCUGCUUCGGAACCGCCUGCUUCUAUCUGCUGCUGGCCGUCUUCCUCAUCAACGUCAAGUCCAGCCAGGACUACCGGGCCCUCAUACAAAACGGGUUCUGGUUUCUGAAGCUGCUUAUGCUGAUUGGGAUGUGCGGUGCUGCCUUCUUCAUCCCCACCGAAUCCUUCCUCCACGCCUGGCACUAUGUUGGCGUUGCUGGUGGAUUUUCCUUCAUCCUCAUCCAGCUGGUCCUGAUCACAGCGUUCGCUCACACCUGGAACAAGAACUGGCUGACUGGCGCAGCAGAAGACAAGCGGUGGUACUUGGCGGUUCUUUGCGCCACCCUGAUGUUUUACAUCAUCGCCUCGUCAGCCUUCUCCUUCAUGUACAAAUACUACACCCACCCUGCCGGCUGCCAGCUCAACAAGGCCCUGCUGAUUACCAACCUGGGCCUGUGCAUGUUCAUGUCCUUCAUCGCGGUCACCCCCUGCGUGCAGCUCAAACAGCCACGGUCUGGACUGCUGCAGGCGUCCAUCAUCAGCUGUUACGUCAUGUACCUGACGUUCUCCGCACUGUCCAGCCGGCCUCCAGAGAGAGUGGAGCACCAGGGCCGGAACAUGAGUGUGUGUUUCCCGAUCGUCAGUAAAGACGGGCAGCAGACUGAGGACAAUGUAGUGGCCAUCAUAGGAGCCACCAUCAUGUACUGCUGCGUGCUCUUCGCAUGCAAUGAAGCCUCUUACUUGGCCGAGAUGUUUGGACCUUUCUGGAUGAUUAAAGUUUAUAGAUACGAGUUCCAGAAAGCCAGCUGCUGUUUCUGCUGCCCCGAGGAAGAUGAAGAGCAAGUGUUUGAGGUGGACGAAGACAACAAGGGCGGUCAGAAGGUGAUCCACAACGAGACGGACCGCGUGGCCUACAGCUACUCCUUCUUCCACUUCGUCUUCUUCCUCGCCUCGCUCUACGUCAUGAUGACCCUCACCAACUGGUUCAGCUACGAGACGGCCGUGCUGGAGACCACGUUCACCCACGGCAGCUGGUCCACGUUCUGGGUGAAGAUGUCAUCGUGCUGGGCCUGCGUGGUGCUCUACCUGUGGAUCCUGCUGGCCCCGCUGUGCCGCUCGGAGCCCGAGACUCGGCCCAAACGCACCCGGAUCAAGGUCAGGCGCUCCACCAGCCCAUCUCGAGGCACCAGGGAGGACUGCUCUGUCUUUACCAGCCACAGCCUGUGAAGCCAAAGAGAAGCAAAUACACCACCAGGGACUGAAGCAAAUUCCCAUUUGAAUUCCACUUUAAGAUCCUUGCGAAAAGAAACCGCAGUUCCAGUCGGUCGUGCACGCUUUAAAACAACAGUGCAAUUACAAGACUCGGUUAUCGUAAGCAGGAUAAUGAGGGGGGAUAAUGAGAAGGGAAUCACUUUCAUCAGCUCUUUCUUCAAAGCUGCCCUCUCUUACGGUUUUGUGGUUUUGUUUUGGUUUUUUUAAUGAAUAAAUUCAUUUUUUAAAAUCACUCAACACACAAUGUUGAUGGGUUUUUUGUGGGGUUUUCUUUGUUUAAUUGAACCAAAAACAAAUGUGCAUUUCAGAGUAACCCCCGGUUUAUCUAUUAAAAGGAAUGCAGCUACAGCAAAGGGUUUACAUGAAUGUUUGUUUGUACAGUUUUACCCUUUUAAAUACCUGAACAUUUUAAAGUAAAGAUACACCUGCCCAAGGGGGACUGGCUAUUGAAUGGAUGACUAUUGAGGGUUAGUGAACUAUGUCAAAUCUGUACAGUUAUAGAUUAGACUUUACUGUGUGUAAAAUGCAUUGUUAUAGUGCAAUAUUUCUACAGAAUGCACUUUUUUAAACAUUUCAGAUCCUUAGAAAAUGUAUUGUAAUAGUUGUGACAGAAUCUAAAGUUGUUGUUUUUUUUUGUAAAAUUUUAAAUACAUUUUUUUUUUAAAUUACAAAUAAUGGCUUGUGUGGUGGAACCCAUAACCCGAUCCUGCCAGAAUUUCAUAUCCUGUUUCAGCCACAGGUCUUUAGCCUGUUUAAUCCAUGUUGCUUCAGCAUAAACCUUUAUUAAAAAUAAUAUUCU